GCAGGAAGGCAGCAUGCCCGGUCAGUGAAUCACAUGUCUGCACCGUCCCCGUUAUCCACUGGUAUAAAUACGAGCAGCAGAUAGACCGGGGCAGCUUCAGACGGUCUGGAGUCUCAGGAAACAAACAGAGCAUUUUACUUUCAUCAUUGCCUGCUGGCCCCGUUGUGAGAGUCAGAGAGGAUGUUGAUGAUGAUGAUGAUGAUGAAGAAGAAGGGGUCGAAGUCUCUGGCUUUGUUCGCUUUCCUUCUGGCCUCAGCCAACUGUAUCCUUCCUCCAACCAAGGAUGAUCUCGCCCAGAUCUCCCUGCAGGGCGAGCAGUACCUGGAUAAACAGAUUGAAAACGCCGUUAACGGAGUGAAGGAGAUGAAGACUGUGAUGCAGAAAUCUUCUGAGGAGCACAUUAAGUUUUUGGAUGCACUGACCAAGACCAAGGCGCAGAAGGAGGAGGCGAUGCGUACGGCUCAGGAGAUGGAGACCAAGCUGGAGCAGGAGGAGGAGGUGUGCAACGAGACGAUGAAGACUCUGUGGGAGGAGUGUAAGCCUUGUCUGAAGAACACCUGCGUUAAAUAUUACUCCAGAACAUGCAGCAGUGGAUCUGGACUAGUGGGACGACAGCUGGAUGAGGUUCUGAACAGAACGUCUCCUUUUUCCAUCUGGAUCAACGGAGAGAAGUUGGAUGUCCUGGAGAGAGAGGGACAACGACAGGGCAAAGAAUUCAAGAACCUGGAGGAGAAAUACACAGAAAUGGCUGACGGUGUGGACAGCAUCUUUACAGACAGUAUGAAGGUGGCUGAUCACAUACACUACAGUCCUCCAGUGUUCUUCCUCGGACCGUUCACUCGCCGCAGCAGAAGCAUCCGCUCUCUUUUCCGCGACCCUUUCCACAGUUUCCAGGAUCUCUUCACCCCGAUGAUGGGCAUGGGCAGGAACUUCUUCAGCUCCAUGGGCUCCAUGAUGGACUUUGACUCAGACAUGUCUCCUAAUGAGGAUGGGGACGUGAACGAGGACGUGGUUAUCACCAAACCUUUUGGUAAUGGACAGAUGACGUGCAGAGAGAUUCGCCGCAACUCAGCCGGCUGCAUCAAGUUCAGAGAUGAGUGUCAGAAAUGCAAAGAGAUCCAACAUAUUGACUGCUCCGGAAAGAGGCCUCUGGAGGGCCCACUGAAGGAGGAGCUGGAGGCGGCGUUGGCCAUGACCGAGCGUUUCACGCAGCAGUAUAACAACCUCCUGAAGAGGUUUGAGGAGAAGAUGUUCAACACCUCCUCCAUCGUGGAUCUGCUCAACACACAGUUCGGCUGGGUGUCGUCUCUGGCAAACAGCACUAAAGACGACAUCUUCAAGAUCCAGACGGUGAUCUGCAAGGACUCUGAGGAGAAGCCAGGUGAGACUGAGAAGCACUCCGAAGACACAAAGGUGUCUGUGAAGCUCUUCGACUCUCAGCCCAUGAACUUCACGGUGCCGGGCGACAUCCCCUGGACCGACCCCAAGUUCUCUGAGGUGGUGGCUCAGGAGGCUCUGGACCGCUACAAGGAAACCAGCAUUGUGCUUAAAUAAAGUCGGAUUAACGCCCCCAUCUUGCUGACAAGAGAAUGCUCAGGAUUCAUCAGAAAUCACACCUGGAACAACUUCUCUUCUAGUCCUGCUUUUGCAAACGACACAGUUAAACCUCAGAGGUUUCAUGGUUACAUUAGAGCUCUUUGUCCUGCUGUAAGGGAAGAUUUUUACUAAGUGUAGGUUAAAAGCCUCUUUGUGUUUAGACUGCAAUAACUCCAACAUAAGGCCUGAUGUGAGGUGGGCCUUUUGCAAACAAGUUCCAUAGCACUUAAAUGAUUCACGCGUAAGUUUCCAUUAAAAACAAGAUUUUAUGUGGCUGAGUUAUUUUUCAGCCUUUCUAACAGAUUAAGAUGAAACUGAUAUUUCCUCUAAGGCUGCUUCAGUGACUUUGACGACCUGAACUUCCCUUCCACAGAUCUCUGAUAGUGUUAUUGGAGUUGGUUGAAGUGGGUGUUUUUGCAGGGGUUAAACUUGCUGACUCUAGAGAUUAUAGUUGUGCAAUAGGAAUAGAUUUUGUUCAGGACUGCUUUAAACUGCUCUGUAGAGCAGCCUAGUGUUGAAGCAACACUUAGAGAUCUAAUAAAACCUGCUCAAACCCA